ACCUUGUUAUCACAAUUGAAUUCUCCCGCCAUCUGAUCGACCUUGGAGGUUAUUUCGAUUGUUAUUCAGUGAACUGACAGCUGCGGUGUCUAACGUUACAACAGUUCCAAUAAUUCUCUAAAUAUCCAUUCAAUAUGUUCACCAUUGACGCUCCCGUGGAGGUCCAGGGUACAGAAUAUUGCAAUUACCGGUCACCGCUCAGCACCAGAUAUGCAUCGAAAGAAAUGCAGUACAAUUUCAGUGACCAAAAGAAGUUUUCAACUUGGCGCAAACUUUGGAUUUACUUGGCGAAAGCUGAAAAGGAGCUAGGCCUCGACAUCACCGACGAGCAGAUCUCGGAGCUGGAGUCCGCUAUCCACGACAUCGACUUCGCAGCAGCGGCAGAACACGAGAAGAAAGUACGUCAUGACGUCAUGGCCCAUGUCCACACCCUGGCUGAACGCUGCCCCCAUGCCGCGCCUAUUAUACACCUUGGGGCUACUUCGUGCUACGUCGGGGAUAAUACGGACUUGAUUACUUUGAAGCAUGGACUGGAUUUGCUGCUGCCGAGGCUUGCAGCUGUUAUUAGUCGGCUGGCGCAGUUUGCUGAUGAAUAUAAAACGCUACCAAUCCUGGGGUUCACCCACUUGCAGCCCGCACAGCUGACGACCGUGGGUAAGCGUGCCUCUCUCUGGCUGAGCGAUCUGCUCAUGGACGAACGCGCCCUCUCGCGGGCAAGAGACGACCUCCGCUUCCGCGGCGUCAAAGGCACCACUGGCACCCAAGCAUCGUUCAUGCAACUCUUCAAGGGUAACAGCGCUAAAGUCCGCGCUCUCGACAAGAGAGUAGCCGAACUCGCUGGCUUUGACAAACGUUACCUAGUUACUGGACAAACUUAUUCUAGAAAGGUUGACUUGGAGGUAGUUGCGGCUCUGUCUGGUUUGGGAGCGACAGUGCAUAAGAUGUGCUCUGAUAUUCGUCUGCUUGCUUCCCGUAAGGAAGUUGAGGAGCCGUUCGAAGCAUCUCAGAUUGGAUCUAGCGCUAUGCCUUAUAAGAGGAAUCCUAUGCGUUCGGAGCGCUGCUGCGCACUUGCUCGCCAUCUAAUCACUCUGCACGCUAAUGCAGCCAACACUCAUGCAGUUCAAUGGCUUGAGCGUACUUUGGAUGACUCCGCCAAUCGUCGCAUCACGCUCGCUGAGGCUUUCCUAACCGCUGAUGCGACUUUACUGACCCUUCUUAACAUCUGCCAAGGCUUAGUCGUGUACCCCAAAGUGAUCGAGCGGCAUAUUGCUCAAGAACUUCCGUUUAUGGCCACAGAGAACAUUAUAAUGGCUAUGGUCCAAGCCGGAGGAGAUCGCCAAGUAUGCCACGAGAAGAUCAGGGUUCUUUCUCACGAAGCCGGAGCUCAGGUGAAACAGCAUGGGAAAGAUAAUGAUCUUAUUGACCGUGUGAAGAAGGAUGCGUACUUCGCGCCGAUAAUUUCUCAGUUAGACAAGAUUUUAGACGCGUCUACCUUUAUCGGAAGGGCUCCGGAACAAGUGACUGAGUUUAUCGAAGAGGAGGUGGAUCCUAUUGUAUCGAAGUAUACUUGCGUAUUGAAAGAGGCUGAGAAACCUGUUACACUAAAUAUUUAAAUGUUUUAAUCGUAACCUGAUAUGGGAACAAUUUUCUGCAUAUGG